AUGUCUUCGUCCAAUAAACACGUUGUGUUCGACAUUGUCGGUACAUGUGUGUCAUAUGAUGCCAUGUUCAACGCCCUUGAUCGACGACUGGGGGAUAAGCUUCGUGCUCAAGGUAUCAAGCCUCGGCUAUUGGGAUACCUCUGGAUCGAAGUCACUGAGCGGGAAUAUACCUACCUGAGUAUGAAUGGACGCUACGUCACAUUUCGUGAUGUUUUCAGCAGCAUCUAUUAUCGAAUGCUUUAUAUGGCGGGCGUGCAAGAGCCUCACGAAUUCUCCAACGAUGAGGAUCUUGAGUACAUUCUCCAGCAGUAUAUGAAGUUGGAAGCACGUCCAGGCAUUCCUGAAUGCUUUCAGAUUCUGAGAGACAACGGGUUCACUAUUUGGGCCCUGACAGCUGGCGACGUGGAGCGCGUGGGAGGCUACUUCAAACACAACAGCAUUCACAUGCCCGAGGAAAACUUCAUCUCUUGCGAUGGGUUCAAGAUUGGCAAGCCUGAUCCCCGGGUGUAUGAGCUAAUGCUGGACCGUCCCGGCGAUGAUGAGAAAUGGUUUGCGGCUGCACACAACUGGGACGUCACUGCUGCCCAGUUGGCAGGUUUCAAGGCAGCAUACUGCACUAUUUGGGAGAGAGAGCUAUGUGAGGGACUCUUUGGCAAAAUGGACAUCACGGCAGAUACGUUUCACGACGUGGCGCGCCAGGUUGUGGCAUCUAGUAAAUAA